AGCAUUCACUAUCAACACUAAUUACUCUCUUUCCGCUUUCUCAUGUCUUUCUUCUUAUUACCAUUUCUCUAUAUUCUCUUUCAAGUCUACUCUUAUAACCAUAAUCACACAAACCCCAAAAUCACAGUUUUUUUUUGUCUUUCUUUUUAGUUAAUUAUAUUGAAAGAGGUUCUUUCUCUGGUUUUGUGUUCAAGUCUCGAUCCAGUACCACGGGGUUGGAUUGAAUCGUAACCGGAUCAUUUCAUUUGGACCACCUGGCGACAUUAACAAGAGAAAAGUGUUCGGCUUUGGUCCGGUCUUGUUACGUACCGUCAAGGACUACUACUUGUUCUGACGACAUCACUACUAGUAAAUCGAACACGAAAGUUGAAGAUGAUGGUCAUCUUGACCCCCGAGGAGGAGGUGGAGGACGACGGUGGCGAAAACAUCAGCCGUCUAAAAGACACGGUGGAAGAAGCUGCACUGCCGUAUCCAGCGAGCCUUGCCGUCUCAAAAGCAACCUCAAGAUCAAGACGGAGGUCGAUAAAGGAUUGGAACAGAGGAAAGUAAGCUGGCCAGAUGCUCAUGGCAAAGAUAUUGCUCAUGUUCAAGAGUUUGAGCUUAGCGCAUCGGAGGACGGAGAGCAUGCAGGAAACUCUAAAAGAAAACACUGUGGCGUCUGUAUAAUUCAAUGACAAUAUUCAUUUAUCUUUUUUGAGUUUUACUUUUCUUCUUCUUUCCUUAGCACUGUGUCUGAAAUGAGUUGAAUCUAGUAGAAAGCUCUUCGUAAAUCCACCAUUGAGUAAAACCACUGAACUUAAAAAGGAACCUAAGAGUCUAGAGUUUAUAAACAGAUUAAUAUCUCAUGAGACUCUAGAGUUUAC